GGCGCCCCCGCCCCAUCGCACGGCGGCGGCGGCUUCCCUCCUUCCUUUCCUCCCUCCCUCCUUUCCUCCCGCCUUCGCUCCCCUCCUGCCUCCUUCGCUCCCGCCGCUCCCGCUCGGCGCACGGGGUCGGCCCCGUCCCGCCAUGUCGGCCGCCAAGCACCGGGGCCCCAAGGGGGGCAGCCCGCCCGCCGCCGCCAACGAGCGGGGCGCGCAGCCGGGCGGCUCCGAGGAGGCGGCGGCCAAGAAGCCGGCGGCGGCGUCUCACGGCCGGGGCGGCCGGUCCGGGGCGGGGGGCGGAGGGGGCCGUUCCGGAGCCGGCCCGCGGCGCGGCUGGGCGCUGCUGCUGGGCGCCGCCGUGGUGCUGGGUGCCGCGCUGCCCGCCGGCUGGUACGUGCGGCAGCUGCGGGAGGAGGUCGGGCGGAGCGCCCGCGAGAGGGAGGCCUCGGGGCGGCAGCGACAAGAGCUGGCCGCCACGCUGGACGCCGUGGUGCAGAAGGUGCGUUCCCUUCAAGCCACAUUUGGAGAUUUUGAAUCCAUGAUGAAAAUUGCUCAGCAGAAGCAGGAGGUUACUGAGAAGGCGGUGAAGCAAGGGGAGAAUGAAAUUAAUCGGAUCAGCGAAGUGCUUCAGAAGCUGCAAAAUGAAAUUUUGAAAGACUUGUCUGAUGGCAUCCACAUGGUGAAGGAUGCAAGGGAACGAGACUUUACAUCACUGGAAAACACAGUGGAAGAGAGACUAACGGAGCUAACCAAGUCUAUCAAUGAUAACAUUGCUGUAUUCACUGAAGUCCAGCAGAGGAGCCAAGAUGAAAUAAAAAACAUGAAAGCAAAAGUUGAUUCACUAGAAAAAGCGGAUGAGUAUAAGCAUGAAAUAAAGGUGCUAAAGGAUGCAUUUGGCGAGAUGCAAGCAUCCAUGAAAACCAAAGAAAAAGACAUAGAGACCUUGAAGAAUACAAUAAACUCCAUGGAGUCUGAUGUUUAUACUGAAGUGAAAGAGUUAGUCAAUCUCAAACAGGAGCAUGAGAAAUUCAAAGAGGCUGCAGACACUGAGCACCUCUCAUUAAAAGCUUUACAAGAUAAAGUUCUGAGAGCAGAGGAGUCUAUUAUGCAGCUCCCUGAUGACGUUAAAAGACUUGAUGAAGAUUUACUGCGUAUUAAAGCUGAGCUCAGCAAAUGGGAAGAAAAUGAACUCUUUAGAAAAGCAUUAGAAACUUUUGAAAAUAACAGCGAAGGACUGGAGUCUCGAUUGAGGCACAUAGAGGAGAGCUUGAAGUCUGUAAGCUCUGUUGCUUCUCAGCAUGACGAAAAGUUACAAUCAUUCCUUUCUAAGGAGGCAGAGUAUGACAACAAGCUCAGUACUCUAGAACAAAGCAUGAGUGGUCUUCAGGGAAUCACAGAUAUGGACAUAACUUCAGUCUCAGACGUUCUGAAAAAUCUUGGUGAAUCACAGACUUCACUGUACAAUGAUGUAGAGGACUUAAGAAGAAGUAUCAGUGACUUGCCAUCCUCGGGUGUCCUUCAGGAUGUCCAGAAGCAAAUUAGUAUUUUGUUGGAUCAAGGAAGUCUUCAGAUGGGUCAAGCACAUUCUCAAGGAUAUCUUGAAAAAUUUAAUUCUGUGGAAGGCUCUGUAGAUGAACUGAGAUCUUCUGUCAGCCAGGUUGAUUCUGAUUUGAAAAUGAUCAGAACUGCAGUGGAUAGUUUAGUCUCCUACUCUGUGAAAAUCGAGAAUAAUGAGAACAACUUGGAGUCUGUCAAGAGCUCCAUAGAGGACCUGAGGAAUGAUCUGGAAAGAUUGUUUGUGAAAGUUGAAAAAAUACAUGAAAAAGUUUAGGCAGCAUUGCUCCUUGUGCAUAUAUUGGAUUAAAGAAAAUAGCUUUUGUAUGCCCAGUUUUUUACUCUUUUUAAAAGCAAUUUGAUACCUCCAAAGAGAAUACUUUAAUAAUAGAGACAGUUCUGCUUAUUUCCUUUAUUUCUCUUUUUGUGUAGUUGUUUUUUUUUUCUUUUUUUUUUUUUUUUCUAUUUUAUUUUGAGAAAACAUGAGUUUAAUUAUGGGUUGAGUUUCUAAGCGCUUCUGUUCUCUGUAAAGUUGUACCACUGCAACUGUAGUGGUGUAACUAAGGCACUACAGCCUCAUCAGCGUGGGCACAUAUUUAACGGUAUGAAGGUGUUUCACACUAUGACAUUAGAAAUCCCACACCAAAGGACCACAGCUAUUCUGGUAUGAAAAGUGUACUGCCAUAUGCACUGAGGAUUUUACUUGUGAGUGUGGUUUAAAAAGCAGAUGAACAAACCUGUCACCCUGUCAAAUGAAGAGACCUAUCACCCUGAUCAGCUUUGAAGCAAAUCACCCAUUUCUGCAGUUGUGGCUCAGCCAUGGGGUCAGUUUACCAGCUACCAGCUGAGUUAUAGUCCAUUUCUUUGUGCCCUUAAACUGUACCGUGGAACUAAUGGGAAAGCUGGACCUCCAGUAGGGAGAGGUUUGAAGUGGUAUUGCUUGGGCAUGAGACCUAAGAGAGGUGCUCCACCAUAUGGCUGGAGAGGUCAAUUGCUUGUGGGUUUCUGUACCGGCAACUUUAGCUGCUGGUGCAAAAGACUGGUGCUCAGAAGGAAUGUCUGCAAAGUGGGUACAGUAAUUCCUGUUGUAUUUUUGGGCUGUUUACAUGACAAGGCUGUUUCUUUUUCAUAGAGACCUAAGACUCCAUGAUACAGAAUUUUCUGUAAAAAUGAUCACAAAUGAGAAAAGAGGACUAAAAUUGCAGCAGUCAUGUUUCCUGUAUAGCAGUCAUGUUAAUAAUAAUAAUAAUAAUAAUACACUUCACAACACAGAAGGGGGGAAAUCAACAUGAAAAAAGCAGAAUUGCUUCUAAGGUAUAUACAUUUCCAACUUUUCACACAGCUGACAAUGACCUGAACUUAGAGACAAUUCCUUAUGACUGGUUGCCCUUUGUAUCUGCCUGGGGCACCACUAGUGAAGGAUUCUUCCUGUGACUGGUUGAGAGAGAGGAAAAUGCGUCACAGUGCUCCAGGUGUUUAUGUUCAUUUCAAAAUCACUUUCAUACUGAACUUUUUUGGUUUUCUGCCUGAAAGGAUAUCCCUCUGUUUCAAGUUUACUUUUGAACUUUGAAGAUUUGGUACAGGGUUCUGCACAUAGAUAUCUUGAAAAUAGGGACCACCGCUGGCUUUUGUGCAUUGUGCCCACCUCAGCCUGCACUUUGGCUACAUUAGGAAAAUCAUUCCUGGAAAUAGCACUUGUCUAAAGUGGUGUGUUGGUGGAAACAGCACAAGUAAAAGGGAGUUCUCUUAGUUAAAUAAGAUAGCAAACUGUAUCUUGUGUUGUUCACACUGUAAACAGGAAAGAACUGCUGGCAAAGAAAGGGACCCAUGGCAUUAAGAUAACUGUUGUCACUGUUUGAACUGCACUGUUCUUCUUCUCAAGUUCUUGAACAAUGUUGUUUAGGUUACUGUGAAAUGAACUGUAUGGCUUGUUUGCAGUAUUUUUAAUGCAUAAUAAAUGUUCGGAAUAUUCUUUGCACCUUU